AUGGAGAUGGGGCCGUUCAUUGUGGUGCUGGUAGUGCUGGUGCUGGUGCUGGUGCUGGUAGUGCUGGUGCUGGUGCUGGUAGUGCUGGUAGUGCUGGUAGUGCUGGUGCUGUUGCUGGUAGUGCUGGUAGUGCUGGUGCUGGUGCUGGUAGUGCUGGUGCUGGUGCUGGUAGUGCUGGUGCUGGUGCUGGUAGUGCUGGUGCACGCGGAGUGCUAUCCGCCUUUUUCCUUCGCGCUUUGGGUCAUUGGAUUUGGCAGGCUCCAUGUUUUGGGUCCCAAAAGAAUGCGCUUCGAUCACUGCUCUUGCGAUGGCGACAGCGGCCACUUUGCCGCCGCCACCGCCAGGGCCGUGGUGGUCGCCGCCGCCACCGCCACCGCCACCUCCGGCGGCGUGGUGCCCGGCACCGCCACCACCGGCGGCGUGGUGCCCGGCACCGCCACCUCCGGCGGCGUGGUGCCCGGCACCGCCACCACCGGCGGCGUGGUGCCCGGCACCGCCACCUCCGGCGGCGUGAUGGCCGCCACCGCCUCCACCGGCGGCGUGGUGGCCGCCACCGCCACCACCGGCGGCGUGGUAUCCGCCACCGCCGCCGCCGCCACCGCCGCCUUUAGUCAUGGUUACCGAGCACGAAUCUCGCUGACCGGACUGGACCCGGACCCGGACCCAGGUGCUGCAAAGUAGUGGUCACGGCUUCUGAUAUUGCUUUUCCUCUUCACCACAAACACCAAGCGCGCUGUAAAAAAUGAUUAUGGUCACCAAUACGCGCCACUAGUUAGUUACUGACAUGGCGCAACCCAGCUGGAAUUCC